AAGAAAUGUCAAUUCCUUUACAACACCAUUGAACGCCACCUCAUGAAUAAGCCUUAAAACCUGUGAGAUGCAUGCAAUGAGGCUCUCAUUUUUAUACUAUUUAAGACACAACAUUAACCUUCUUCAAAAGCAAAAUGACCCCAAUAACCCUCAUAACUUCUUCUAUAACUUUCACUCUCAAAAACCUUCAUCACAAAUCAACUUCUGCUUCUUCAUCCUUUCCACUCCAAGGACAAGAGUGUUGUUUGAGGAUCUAUACUGUCAAAUGGGAAAAUCUAAAAAUGAAGAGUAUGAGAACAAGGAGAAGGAAGGGAUAAAAAAAUCACAUUACUUUAUGGUUUUCAUCUCAUCUUUGCUGAUAAGCAUAACAGGAGGCUCUUUGCUUGGGUGGUGGCUACACAAAUACCAUCCAACAAAUAAGCAACUUUGGAUGGUGCCCUUUGGCCUCAUUCUUCUGUUUACCCCUUUCAUUGUUUGUCUCUCUGUCAUCAUUUCUGGCCCUGCUAUUCACAAAAACGAUGAAGAGGAUGUUCUCAACAUCAAUCAACGAAUUCAACCACUUGAUAGAUUAUUCUAAAUUUGGUGUACAAGAUGCUAGUUACUAUGUGCAGGUUGAAGUUGAAGUUGAAGUUCCUUAGUUGUUUUUCCCUGUUUUCUGAUUUGACUUGUUCAACGUUUGGAAAUAGUUUUAUCACUUGUGGAUGCUUGAAACCAUUGAAAAUGUUGAUGUGGAUGCUUUACUUUAUACUGAUUCUGCAGGCUUCAACUGUCAUGUGCUUCUUCUGUAAGUUUCUGGUUCAGGCGUGCAUGACUAUUAAUCAAACUGAUAAAGUUUCUUUCUUUC